AUGUAUCUCCACAGAUCAGAGGUAGAGGCUGGGAUUGAAAGGCUCAUGAAGACCGCAGAGGACAGCGAGAUUUCAGAGAAAUGUAGGAAAUUGUUGAAGGAAAUUGAUAAGCUCGAAGAAGAAAACAUCAAGGACUUUAUCAGGAAUACGCGGGAUGUUGUUGAUGUUUUUAUGCAAGGAUUGAAGGCCAAGAGACAGGCACCGAUUUUUGUGAUAGAUUUCAUUUACACCUUUCUUGUCAAUGACCUUCUUGGUUUAAACGACAUCAAUGAGAUUAUCGAUGUUAUUUCUGCGGGUGUUUGGUGUGAAUCAUCGAAGAUGAAGAUACUUCAGAUGAGCUACUACAUUAUAAGGUAUGAGAACUUCCGAGGGGAUCUUGCAUUGGCUUUAUUUAAGAGCAUAGUAAGAAUGGUUGAUGAUAGAAGCAAGCAAGUUCAAACAACUGCAAAGCCUAUAGCAAUGCACUUAGUCGAUGUUACUUUCGGCAAAGCAUGUGCUGUCUUCAAGGAAGAAGCCCAGAGUGAAGGGGAUGAGCUUAAUUCUAUUACAGAUUGUACAGAUUCUCUUGAAAGAUGUAGACCUGGAUCUGAGAAACUACUUCUUCGAAGGGGCCUAGAGACGGAGAGCCCUAUAGAUGACGGGAUUUUAUUUCUUCGGUAUCUUUUGCAGAAUGUCGGGACCUCAAAAGAAAUGGGACACUUUGUGAUUGAUUCUGUGGCUUUGGUGACUCAGAAGAGCGAGCUUUUUGAAUAUGAGGAGUUUAGAAGGAUUUAUAGUACAGAAGUGAUGGAAUUGUUGAAGGGGCUGAUCAAAAAAGGGUGUUCUUCUAAAGGAAAUGUAUAUAAGGUGAUUUCAAUUUUGGUUGAAAGACAUAACUGCUUAUUUGAGAAAGGAAUUCAUGAGGUGUUUGAUGAGAUGGAAAGGUCCUAUGGUCUAUUCGAUGAUCUAGAGAUGGAGAUGUUUCUAGACUUCUUUGGAUCAUUGGACAUGUUAGUAUUUGACAGUUAUUCUGAGACUAUAGGAAGAAUGUUUUUCAAGAUUCUUGAGGAUGCACAGCUUGAUAGAGAAUCUGGAAGUGAAGGUGCCAUCAAUACCCUCAGAAGCUCGUUGAAUAACCAGUUGGAAGCCCGAGGGAAGGCCAGCGGAAGAUUUCAUUCCCCUACAAAGGCCUUUUUCGGUAAGUUUUCUGAGGUUCUGUAUGCAAAACUAUCUGGUAUCGUUAGCCCGCACCCUAGUGUUGAGGCUUUACUAGAGAUUGUUCUCAGAUUCUAUGCCAUUUCUGGGAACAAAGAAACGUUAGAAAUGUUUAUGGUUCUUGGAUGUAAGAUUGGGUUUACAGGUGUUGUUUGCAGAGGUGCAAUUGAAAAUAGAAAGUACAUCCAGGACUCUUGGCAUAUUGUUCUUAAUUACUGCAAAGGCCAUCUUGGAAGCAUCAUGGAAUCUGUUAGUGGCUUCGAUGCCGAGGAGAUUUUCUUUUUGAUAAAGGCCAUAGAGAAUCUGGAGCCCGCUAAUGCGUGGAGUUCGAAAGAUAAGGUGGACUUUUUAUUAUCUGUGUUUAACAUCACCAAGCCUGUUGUAGUGGAACCACUUAAUGUAAAGAUAUUUGAAAUGAUUCUUAGCGGGAUAUUGAGAGAAAGUAGCAGUGAUGAAGGAUAUUCGAUUCGAAUAUUCUGCUUUAUCCUAGUAGACUAUGUUGGACAACUAGAAGCCUUGACGUCUGACGUUGAAAGUGUCAUUUUCAUACUUCUACAAAAGAUGCUUAACCGGAAUUUAGAGAGAAAUGGCUUGGAGAUUCUCGAGGCCAUGUCUGAGGUGUUGAGGACAGUAACGCCUGAAAGUUGCUGGGACAUUGUUUUCCAAUGUAUUGAAUACUCAUGUAUUCCUUGCUUGUAUCCUUCUCUGUAUCCUAUUAUAAGAUGGAUUAUAGAAGGAUCUGGACAUCUUAUAAGUGAUGAGCAUUUUGGAAUACUUAUUAGUUGCUUGCACUCGAUGUGCUUAUCUGCAAGUAAUGAGAUAAGCCUGAAGGCUGUGUCUAUCUUUCAAGACGUGGGAGAAUGUUUAAUGAGUAGGAGGGCCCUUAAUCGGUUACCCAGUGGCGGCGAGGAAAAGGAUAAGAGGGUGAGUUCUGCAUGGAUAAAAUACAUCAAAGUUCUUGGGGAGACGGCGAAUGAUGGAAGGUGCAUGGUGCGUGAAGCAUCGAUCAAAUAUCUUGUCAUGUUUCUUGAGGCGGAAUCUGAGGUGAUGAACUCUGAAGAGCUAGAUUUUGCUGCAAAAAACAGCCUUAUUCCUCUGUUGGAAAAAGGCAAGCAAUUUUUGAAAGUACAAGAGCAAGAAUCCCACUGCACCUUGAUGUUGAUACUCGAUGAAUGUAGCAGGGCUAUUGGGAAGAUGCAUUAUCAUGAAGAGUUGUACAGUAAGUUCCUUGAGGUGGUUACUGAUGGAAUAUGCUGCUCUGAUUCUUCUGAUAUUCAGAACAUAUGCGUUGAGAGUCUGCGGAUGAUAACAAGUAAAACUUCUGAGACGAAUCCUGGGAGCAAAGGACAGUAUCAAGAAGGGAAUGACAAUAGCUCUGAGGACAUAGGAUUUAGGAUGGGAGGUGGAGAAAGGAAAUCUUUGAAGCCUUUAUUGAAGCUAAGGGACUUAGUUUUCAAUGCAUACAAAUCGAUAUUUAGCAAUAUUCCUUCUGAUGAGGGAUGUUCUAUUAACACGUAUCUUGAGAUGAUAGAUUUGGCCAAGGAAUUUACAUUCAAAAGUUCUGAGCUUCGAAUAUUGGUUCCUCUGCUUCGCAAAUUUGUACACAGCGGGAACCGAGUGAUUCAAGAGAAAAUAUUAGAUAUGGCUGAAAUGUGGGGAUUUGGAAUCGAUGUGCAACUGGAAGCUUACAAUAACUGGAUGAAUUUGAAUGACGUUCGGCUGAGUAGGAUGCUUAUUGAAAGAAUGGGGAAGGUACUAUCGAAAAACUCUGAGGACACCUGGUAUUCUGAGGUGGUGAUCGAUCUAGUUGAGUAUUGUAAAGAAAAAGCUUUCUGGGAAGAUGUUGUCAGGGCGUUUAUGAAGAGUUCCGAAGGGAUAAGAACUCGGACCUCAUUUAUUUCGUUUAUAAAUGGAAGUAAGAUGAUUUUUGAUGAGGCGGCAAAGGUAGGAGCUUCCGAGAAUCUGGAGGAAAUGGAGAUGGGAAAUGGAUUGAGUGGGGAACCUGUUGAAAGCAUGGUAAAGAUUGUAAAAAAGAGAGAAAGGAUUGUGCUGGAGUUUCUGAUGUUCUACCACGAUAUCUUGACCAAGUUUGCUAGUGCCUGUAGUUCACUACAAAGUCAUUCGAUACAACCUUUUGAUCAAGUAACUAUAUCUGAUGUUAGGGAGGGAUAUAAAGUUAUAUUUGAGAUGAGUGAGGUAGGAUCUGGACUUGGGAAGGAAAGUAUUUGCUUUAAAUGUUAUGAGAUAUUGUUCCAUGAUGUUGAGCUGAUUUAUAAUGACGUUAUUGAAAGGAUCAGAAAGGUUUUGAGCGAGUAUAACGAGAUGGAGAUGAUAUAUAACGGAAUGUAUUCAAGAGUAAAGCAGAGGGAGGUAUACACCAUACUAGAGAAGAUAUGGAGAAGCGAGAAUAGGAGACUUGUAGACGAUGUUAAGGAUAUUCUCGUCGAGUCACUUAGGUCGAAGGACUACAGAGUUAUUGACCAUGUUCGGAAGUGUUUAGAGCUCAUUCUUGUGCAAAAUUAA